UAUCCCACUACAUAUCAUAAGAGGACAACGAUUUCGUAUUUUAAUGUGGAGUUUAAAUAACUGACCAAAUGACAUGAUCCCCAACUCUUUGUUUUCUGUAUCAUCACUAUUAGGGAAUUAGAAAAUAUUCCCUAAUAGUCACAUACAUGUUUUCCUGCACGAGUACUCCUUUUGCAUCUGCAGCUAUGGAUAAGCGUUCUCGGCGAAACACUUUGCCUAUUGCAGUCUGCGCAAUAGCAUCGGUGAUCAUCUCUGCUUUCAUUGGUACCCCUUUCUUCUUCAAGAAGAGGCAGCAGAAUCCUAGUUCUGGCAGGAACUCUGAGAAUAUAUCACCGCGUGACGUCCUCUAUCUGCAGGAGACAGAUGGAAGCAUCACCGAUCCAUCAUCCUCGUCCUCGGAUGGCACUGAGAUGGGUCGCGAGUUUGAAGUCUUCCUGAGCUUCAGGGGAACUGACAUCAGGAAGACAUUCACGGACUAUCUCUACCAUAGCCUCAUCGAUGCAGGGGUCCGCACCUUCAGGGACAAUGAGGAGCUCCAUGUAGGGGAGGAGAUCUGCCCCAACCUCAUGAAUUCAAUCAAGCAGUCAAAGAUUGGGAUCCCCAUCUUCUCUGCAGAUUAUGCAUCGAGCAAGUGGUGCCUCAUGGAGGUUGCGGAGAUGGUGAAGUGCAUGAAGGAGAGCAAACAGCUGAUCAUGCCAAUAUUCCUAGACAUUACGCCCGAUGACGUCCAACACCAGACAGGGACUUAUGCCAAUUCGUUCUCCCAGCACGAGAAGAGGUUUGGUCAGGAGAAGGUCCAAGCGUGGAGGGAUGCGCUGAAGGAAGUUGUGGAGCUGAAGGGUCUGGAACUGGAUAAAGUGGCAAACGGGCAUCAAGGUGAAUUCAUAAAGUUAGUUGUUGCAAAGAUCAUUAGAGAACUGAAGAAGUCUUACUUGGAAAUGGGUACUGUCCUAGUUGGAAUCGAGGAUCGUGCAGAAGAACUUGUGAAAAAAUUAGAAGUUGGCAUAGACGAUGUUCGGGUAUUCGGGAUUUGGGGCAUGGGCGGCAUAGGGAAGACAACUCUAGCCAAAUUUGUUUAUAACCAAAUCGUAGACAAUUUUGAAAGUAAUUCUUUCCUUAAAAGUAUCCGAGAAACAUCCCGGUAUCCUAGAGGCCUUCAAUACUUACAAAGUAAAUUGGUCUCUGACACAUUAAGGCUUCAGCCGCAGGACUAUGCUGAUGUAGAGGAAGGAGUCAAAGUGCUUAAGGAAAGGCUUCGCCAUAAGAAAGUCCUGAUUCUUCUCGAUGAUGUCGAUGACAUCAACCAGAUUAAAGCUCUGGCAGCGGAUGUUGGUUGGUUUGGCCGAGGAAGUAGGAUCAUCAUCACGACCAGAGAAAAGGGAGUCUUGGAUCAAUUUCAAGUGCAAGAUUUGUAUGAAGUCGCAUCACUGGAUGAAGGUCAUGCUUUAGAGCUCUUCUGCAAGCAUGCCUUCAGAGAUAAGUCGCCCAGACCUGACUUGGCUGAACAGGCCUCGGACAUUGUGAACAUAACUGGUCGGCUACCUCUGGCUCUUGAGGUUAUCGGAUCAUAUUUAUCCGUCUAUGGUGGGAGGAAGGAUAUGUGGCAGGGUACAAUAGAGAAGUUGAAAAUUAAACUGGACAUGGUCAACGUCCAAGAUAAGUUGAAGAUAAGUUAUGACUCGUUGGAAAGUGAGCAAAAGGAAGUAUUCCUUGACAUUGCAUGCCUUUUCAUCGGAAUGGACGUCAGGCUAGUGAUUCCUAUGUGGAAAGAUGCUAAAUUUUCCCCGGAAGUGGGAAUUGAGAUCCUCCAACUAAAGUCGUUGAUUAAAAUCGGGGAGGACUAUACAAUAUGGAUGCAUGAUCAACUCAGAGAUCUCGGCAGAAGUAUCGUUGAGCAAGAAGACAAAGAACCAGGACGGCGAAGCAGGCUGUGGCACGGUGAAGAUGCAGGGAUUGUAUUAGUGGGACAACAGGGAACAUCCAAAGUGGAAGCCAUCAGUCUAGAAGGAUAUCAUUUCAUGGAGGAAGAAGAUAGUCUUAAUGAUGACAUGUUUAGGAACUUGCCGAGGAUAAGAGUUCUUGAACUCGCUGGUGCAAUACUCCAAGGGAACUUUCAACAUCUUUUCCAUCAGCUGAGAUGGUUGAGUUGGCAUAGAGAGAACAUAUGUCCGCCGACAAAUUUAAUUCUGAGGAACUUAAUUGUUCUUGAUUUGUCGAGGAGCUUAAUUCAUGACAACUGGAUCGGUUGCAGUUCGGCCGAGUUCGGGUCGAAACUCAAAGUUCUCAAUCUCACAGAAUGCCGAAUAAGCAGAACUCCUGACUUCUCAGCAUUUCCGAGCUUAGAGAGCUUGAUUCUUGAGUCCUGCCAGCUGUUGGUUUGGGUUGAUCCAUCCAUAGGGCUUUUGAAGAGUUUGAUCCUUCUAAAUUUGAGGAACUGUUGGAGCCUGAAGAAGUUGCCGGAACAGUUGGACUCCUUGGAGUCACUAAUUGAGUUUCUCAUUGAUGACACACCACUGGAAGAAGUACCUAUAUCAAGAGGUAUGAAGAAGCUUGAAGUUCUAUCAGGUAAUAGGAGUAGAUGGCUUUCUCGUGAAGUACCUAUAUCCGAUGAAGUUUUGAGUCUAUCCUCCUUGAGGGUCUUGAGAUUUCGCGGGAUAAAGAGCCUUCCGGUGAGUAUGAGUGCACUCUCAUGCCUGCAGACCCUUCAUCUAGGUGACUGCCAGAAUCUUCAGACCCUCCCUGAGCUUCCAUCUAGCUUAAUUAGCCUAACAGUUGAAGCUUUGUCGAAGCUGACUUCCCUGAAUUUCGCGAACUUGGUGAAUCUAAAAACGUUGCAUUUGUCUGAGGCCUCAGAGCUCAAAGAGCUGGACAGCAUCUCUAGUCUAAGGAAACUCGAGAAAAUGACUUUGCACUCACUGAAGAUAUAUACCUUACCAGAAAAGACAGGUGCAUUUCUCCGUCAUCUAAAAGAGCUUGAUAUUCAUUACUGCCACAAACUUAAAUGCCUCCCCACAGUUCCCUCAAGUCUGUCAGUUUUGAGAAUUGGGACGUGCAACUCACUUGAGAGGUUGCCAGACCUUUCGAACCUGAAGAAUUUGUCGAUAUUAGAGGUUAUGCAGUGCCACAAGCUCAGGGAAAUCGAAGGUCUUGGCGAUCUCCUGUCCCUGAAGGAUCUGCGUACAGAUAAUUGCCCUAUAACUAAGCUAGAUGGUCUGGAGUCGGGGAGGCUCAAGUCUUUAACUGCUUUGUCUGCCGCUUGGUCUGAAGUUGAACGACUUCCCAACUUAUUCAAGUUGAAGAACUUGAAGUCCCUAAGUGUACUGGGCAGCAGGAAGCUAGUUGAGAUCGGAGGACUCAACAGUUUGCUAAACCUGAAAAUGUUAUGUAUUGACAACUGCAGGUCGCUCAAACGCUUGCCCGAACUACCACACUCUUUGGAGAAAUUAUUCCUUAGAUACUGCGUGCAAUUUAGCGAAAUUGAGGCAGUCGCAGAAUUGGAGUCCUUGCAAGAGUUGAAUAUAAACAGGUGCAGAUCGCUCAGGAAGUUACCGAAUCUAUCAAACUUGCAGAGGCUGGAGAGAUUCAAUAUGAGAGAUUGUGAGAGCAUCGCAGAAAUUCCAGGACUUGAGGAGCUAAGUAGUCUGCGGGAGUUGAACAUCUUUGGAUGCAAGGCACUUAAGUUACCCGAUCUUUCAAAGCAACAGAGUAACGGGCUGCAGAUCUAUAAGGAUUCGACUCUUAGACUCUUAUGAGUCCGAUCAUCGGAGAUAAGAUACCAGCUGGGGCAGGGUAUCUAACUAGUUUAGUGGUCUUUAUGUCUGUAGGCAUUUAUGCGUUUGACUUUCUGUUCUUAUUCAGAUCGACAUCAGUGUGUGUGCGUAUACAUAUAUGCGUCGUUGAAUUGAUGUAUAGUGCAAGAGUCGGAGAAAUUGAGUCUAAAAAUUAAUUCAAACUCGUCUCCACCUGAUAACCAAGAAGUUCCUAUAAAAAUUAACUCUUAUGAGUCCGAUUAUCGGAGAUAAGAUACCAGCUGGGGCCGGGUAUCUAACCAGUUUAGUUGUCUUUAUGUCUGUAGGCAUUUGUGCGUUUGACUUUCCGUUCUUCUUAUUCAGAUCGACAUCAGCGUGUGUACAUAGACAUUAUUUGUACUUGAAUUGACGUAUAGUACAAGAGUCAGAGACAUUG